UUAUUAGCUCAUAUAGCUGAGGGUCUACCGCGAACCACGUUCGACGUGUUGCCUCUCUGUCGCACUUGUAAAUUCGUACAUAAGUGUGACAGGGACGCAAUACUGGCUUCGCGGUAGGCCUGCUGUUCCGCAACUCCCGCACGCGCCCUGGGCGGCAUGCAAUGCGGCGUACGGAUCCGAGUGGAACAAGGUGAUAAGUUUAUAAUAACACCAAGACCGAACGGAAUAGUCUUAUGGAACUUACAAUAGGUGUGACAAAGGAAGCGUUAUUAUCGAUUGUCCUUGUCAGACCUUUUUUUUUCAUUUUUAUAUGGCAGUCUCAUUCCACACGCCAAGCUUUGGUGGGGAACAACGUCACCAGUGUAAACAGUGAUUUCAUAUUAUCGUUUUCUUGGUAAAAUCGGGCUUUUACUUACAAAAAAUACAAUAUAUUUCAAAUAUAUUAGAAAGUUUUACGAAUAGAAUGGUUAGUUGUUCAAUCUUGCACUGCGUUAGCGAUACCCGUCAAAAACACGAAGACGUAACCUUUCACAGAUUUCCGCGAAAUAAAACAACACGUCAAAAGUGGAUAGCGGCUACUGGAAGAAAAAAUUGGAAUCCGGCUAAAAACAGCCGCAUAUGCUCCAAGCAUUUCGAACAGUUUCAUUUUCGUAAGACUCCACGAAAAGUAUUCCUGUGGAAGUAUGCAAGUCCAACAUUGUUGACACCGGUACCGAUUUCCCCAGAACCCUGAAUUGCGCCAGAAAUGGCUGCGUGCAGUUGAUAGGAAAACCUGGACUCCCCAAAAAUACUCCGUCAUAUGUUCAAAACAUUUCGAACAAAAAUAUUUCAGGGGAAAAGUACGAACAAAACUCAGAAUCGACUCAAUUCCAACUUUGUUUGUACCUGUACUAAACAGACAACGUUGGGGCCUUGGCCCCGACCAAGCGUCGAGAUUAGCUGUCGCUACUGACAAUCUACGCGCGUCAGUUGUUGCAACAGGACGUCCGCGAAAAUGGCACGUUGCGCGAUAGUUAAUUGCAACGGCCCAAAAAAAGCGAGCACCCGAAGGAAAGGACAUAUUUCCUACCACAGUUUUCCACAUGAUCCAGUCGUAAAAGAAAAAUGGAUUGCAGCCACGGGACGGAAACACUGGUUCCCGACUAAACACAGUACUAUCUGUUCCAAACAUUUUGAAAAUACCAGUUUCAUUGAAGGGAAAAAGUUGCGAUUGUUGAAAAAAACGGCAUACCCCACUAUUGAUAUACUAAAACUCAUUGACAACGGUGAUGAGGUAAAUACGGGUGAUACAGAGCCAGGCCCGUCGAAGAGGACUCGGCAUGAUUCAAACAGCUCGAGCGACUCAGAUUCUAAUGAGAAAGUCAUUGAGCAAUGUCGCUUCUGCGCAGAAUACAGUAAAGACUGUAUUGAUACUUGCUACAUACCAUUCCUUAUGGAAAACAAAGCCUUCAUAGUCUUCAACGAUUUAAGUAUUAAACUGGACUUUACAGAUAAUGCUUUACCACAAACUGUUUGCCGCGACUGUAACAGUAAACUUCAGGAGAUGAUAAACUUCAUUAUACAAGUAACAGAAGCGCAAAAGAAAUUUAAAGUUGAAGCUAAGAGCAAUAGAAAAGUAUAUGAUUUCAAAAAUGAGUCAAUAAAAAAGAAAGAAACAAAAAAACAAACGAUAAAGUCAAAUGAACAAACAUAUAGAAAAGACGAUGAUAGAGUCACUAAUGAUGCAAUUGGAAUUAAAAUAAUUACAAAAAAUUAUGAUGAUGAUGAAGAUACUAGAGACGCUUUUGAACAUAGAGAUAUUAAAGUAGAAUAUGAAUCACCAACGGAUGAAGAUCUCAUCAGAGAUACACAUACAAUUAAAACAGAACGAGAAUCAGAUGAUACUACAGAAAUAACAGAUUCUUUACCUGCUGAAGAACCUAUGUUCUUUAAAGGGUUUAAAAGGAAAAAUGAAGAUACUGCUAUAGCAAAGAAAGCUAAAGUUAUUAGUGAAGAAGAAGUGGAAAUAAAAGAAGAAGUAACAAAUGACGCAAUUGAAGAUUAUCAUGAAGUUCAAUUACAAUAUGACAGUGAGUCAGCUAGAACUGGGAAUGUUACACCUGGGACUGUCACAACUGAGAAUGUUACACCUGGGACUGUCACUACUGAGAAUGUUACACCUGGGACAAUUACAACUGGGAUUGGUGCAUCUAGUGCUUUAGCUAGUGUUAAAUAUAUUACUAUUGAUGGAACCACUGGAAGAUUUAGUGUUGAACCUGGAAAUAAAAGAAUGAAGAUAGAGUGAACAUUGCAAGAGACAAAUGAAAGUGAUUCAAGUAAAAAUAAGCUAGUUUUGUGGAUAUUGUGAGAUACAAAACAAAUUAACCAACAGUAUUUUUAAGUAAGUUUUAGUAUAUAAAUUCUAAAAUGGAAGAAUUUCUAUAUUUUUUUAAAUAGCCAGUCAAACAACUUUGUCAGUAGAAAAAGGCGCGAAAUUAAAAUUUUAUAUGAGACGAUAAUCCUUCGCUGACUACUGACGGAAAUGGCUUGACAGACUAUAUAUGUGCAAUUAACAAUUAUUAAGAGAUUGCCUUGUACUGUUUCUGUAUUUGAUUGUAAAGUUAAGUACAGUCGGCAUCAAAUAGUAGGUACAGUCAAGUCUGAAAAUAUCGAUACAAAAAAUGUUCCAAAAUUAUGUAUACACUACCUUAAUAUAUGAGCAAUAAAGUCUUGUAUACAUAUUUUUGGCACUUUUUUCGUAUCGAUAUUUUCAGACGUGACCGUACUUAACAGCCUAAGCGGCGAAAUAACUGCUGCUAAUAUUGCAAUAUCAUAGUUGUCUUUAAAUGGUAUAAUUUUUGAUCACUCCCAUGUAAAUGAAGAUAAUCUAUGUGUAACUAUAGAAUCUAGAGCUGAUGAAAGUAAUGAAAUACGUAUACCGUUCAAAACAGACAUCGAUCGGCAGCAUAAUUUUUUAGCACUCAUUUUUUCAUUUAUAUUUCUAUACUUCAAUUAUAAUAGUAAAUAAAAUGAAUCAAAUUUUUGUAACUGUAAACAAAUCAUUUACUCAUAAUGCUCAUUUUUCAUUUCACAUAACAGUUCACACAAAACAUACUUAAUAUUGAGAAAUAGAGAUAUUGUUUUCACCACACCAGCUACGGUGGUAGCUCGGUCGCAUUUUUAUCGCUUUCCACCAUGUCUGUCACGUUCUAACAAGUAUGUAAGUGCGAAAGUGACAGGCGAUAAAAAUGCAACCAUGCUGCCACCACUCUGAUAAGAUAACUCUUGGUACUUCUAAAACUGAUGAACAGUUGCAGCAAAACUAUAAAAUCUAUUUAUUAUAUACAUAUAAUCUGUAAAUAUAUAGUGACGUAUAAGAUGUAAAUUUUAUGAAUAAAUAAUUGAAUUGAAUUGAAUCGUAAAAAUAUCAGCAAUUUAUUGAUGCAGUUAUUGUUCUUAAAAAACAUAGAAUUAUUAUAGAUAUGUUUGUCUAACUUGAAAAUAAGAAUUUCACAAAAGGAUCUUCAAACACCAGAAUUGUAUAAAUAAUACUAGUCUAGUUCUAGAAUAAAAUCUAAAUGUCAAGAAUUACGUAUAUAUACCUAUACAUUGACUUAUUAAAUUUUCAUCAUUAUUAACAAUAAUAAAUAAUUAAUUCUUUUCAAUCACACUUAAUCCCAGGGUGUUUUAUCAUUCAUGUAGUCUUGUGUGCUAUAAUAGGAUUUAGAGAUAAGCUUAAGUUUAACAUAAUUUUUAAUUUACCAACAGACAAUUCAGUGAUGAUAUUAGGAAGUUUAGUGUAAAAUCUUACACAAUGAUUACCCACGAAUGAAUUUCUAAUUUCAUGGAGCCGAUUGAAGGGCACUGCGAGCUUGCUUAUAUCUAAUAUUAAUCUUGGAGGCCUUGGUCACUUUUUCUUAGUAUAUAACAUUUAUUUUAGUUUAUAAUCUUAUGUAUGUCGCAGUUUUUCUUAAAACUGGCAAUGUUUUUAUGUACAUACAGAAUAGGCUCAUAAAUAUAUUGACAGUGCACUGUCAUUAUUUUUUAUGUCCUUAAACUAUACCUAUUUGAGAAACUUACAUUUAUGGUAAAGAAAGAGUAACUCAUAUUAUAACAAGUAGAAAAUUGUAUAUUUUGUAUUCCAUCAUCUUAUUUCAAGACAGUAUUGUUUUAUAUGAACAACAAAAUAAAAAUAAUAUAUGAAAGAAAGAUAUUCAGUCUUAUACUUUCAAUAUUUCAUAUCUUUACAUAAUAUUCAAAUAUGUGUUACCAUUAUAUUGUUUAGAACUAACUUAACCUACUAUAUUUUAGUUUGGGACUGAUGGUGUGAUGGUUGAUAUAUCCCAAAUCCCAAUUGUAGUAAAGGUGUACACAAUAUACAUAUUUUGUACCUUA